GUGUGCGCGUCUCGUUGUGCGUCCAGGACCGAGCUUCCACCUCCAGAGCCACGGGCACCACGCACCGUGCACGGGCACCGGGACCACGGAUACCGCUUCUCUUCUGCGUUAUUAAUAUUAAUAAUUUCAUUCUCCCGCUGACUGGAGACCACACAUGCCCGCUUCGGGUCCCCGAUGGUAACCGACCCCGCGCGGCCGGAGACAUGUGGACUAGUCCGGGGACGGCGCGCUGCGUCUCGCUCGUGAGUCUGAUCCUGGUGCUGUGGGCCGAGGUGUCUCUCUCCACCGGGUACUUCGAGCUGCAGCUGGUCUCCGUGGGGAACCCCAACGGGCAGCUCCUGAACGGAGACUGCUGCGACGCGGAGAAGAGCGCGGCGGAGGGCCACUGCGGCGCGGACGAGUGCGACACCUACUUCCGAGUGUGCUUAAAGGAAUACCAGACGGAGGUCACGACGCACGGGCCGUGCACGUACGGCUCGGAAACUACUAAGGUCAUCGGUGGGAAUACUUUUCAGUUCAAGGGCGCGCAGAAGAGCGGACACAACCGGAACCACGACGCCGGGAGGAUCCUCAUCCCCUUCCAGUUCGCCUGGCCGCGGGCCUACACCGUGAUACUGGAGGCGUGGGACAGAGACAACGGCUCACACAGCAACGACGACGAGCUGCUGAUCGAGCGCAGUGUGCACAAAGGGAUGAUGAACCCGGGCGAGGAGAAGCAGCCGGUGGAGUUUAAGAGCGCGGCGGCCAGCCUGGCGUACGCCGUGCGCGUGCGCUGUGACGACCACUACUACGGAGUGAAGUGCAACAAGGUGUGCCGGCCGCGGGACGACUACUUCGGCCACUACGUGUGCGACCAGCAGGGGAACCGGGGCUGCAUGGAGGGCUGGGCCGGGCCCGACUGCAAAACAGCCAUCUGUAAACAGGGCUGCAGCCUGGAGCACGGGGGCUGCAGCGUGCCGGGGGAAUGCAGGUGUAACUACGGCUGGCAGGGCCCGCUGUGUGACGAGUGCCUGCCGUACCCCGGCUGUGUCCACGGGACCUGCAACGAGCCCUGGCAGUGCACCUGUGAGAAGAACUGGGGCGGCCUGCUGUGCGACAAAGAUCUGAACUACUGCGGGACCAACCGGCCGUGUAAGAACGGAGGAACGUGCAUGAACACGGAGCCGGACGAGUACAACUGUGCCUGUCCGGACGGCUACUCUGGAAAGAACUGCGAGAUCGCGGAGCACGCCUGUGUUUCUAACCCGUGUGCCAGCGGCGGGACGUGCCAUGAAGUCCCGUCCGGCUUUGAGUGUCACUGUCCGGCGGGCUGGUCCGGGCCCACCUGUGCUCAAGACACGGACGAGUGCGCCUCCGGCCCGUGCGCCCAGGGGGGAACCUGCAUGGACCUGGAGAACGGCUUCGAGUGCCUCUGCCCUCCACAGUGGACGGGCAAGACCUGCCAGAUCGACGUUAAUGAGUGUGCGGGGAAGCCUUGCCUCAGUGCUUACUCUUGCAAAAACUUGAUUGGUGGAUAUCACUGUGCCUGCUUUCGUGGAUGGGUUGGCCAGAACUGUGACAUCAAUCAGAACAGCUGUCACGGUCAGUGUCAGAACGGAGGCACCUGCAAGGAGGGAGGAGCCAGAGGAUGCGUCUGCCUGGCGGGAUUCGUGGGCCGGCACUGCGAGCUCCAGAGGAACCGCUGCGCCAGCGGGCCCUGCAGGAACGGCGGGCGCUGCCACGCCCUGCUGGACGGCUUCAUGUGCGAAUGCCCUCAGGGCUUCGCCGGCACCACCUGUGAGGUGCAGAACGACCCCUGCAGCCCCAACCCGUGCCACAACAAGGCCCAGUGCCACAGCCUGAUGGGCGACUUCUACUGCAGCUGCCCCGACGACUACGAGGGCAGAACCUGCUCGGAGCUCAAGGACCACUGCAAGACCAACCGGUGCCGAGUGAUUGACAGUUGCACCGUAGCCGUGGCGACCAACGACACCGAGAAGCGGGUGUGGCACAUCUCAUCCAACGUGUGCGGUCCUCACGGCCGCUGCAUCAGCCUUCCGGCCGGCAACUUCAGCUGCUCCUGUGAGCCGGGAUUCACCGGCACCUACUGCCACGAGAACAUUAACGACUGUGCGUCGUCUCCCUGUAAGAACGGAGGCACAUGCAUCGACGGCAUCAACUCCUUCCAGUGCUUCUGCCCCGACGGCUGGGAGGGACACCUGUGUGACGCAGAUGUGAACGAGUGCAACGGGAACACCUGUCAGAACGGAGGCCGCUGCGUCGACCUCAUCAACGACUUCUACUGCGACUGCGUGGACAACUGGAAGGGGAAGACCUGCCACUCACGUGAGAGCCAGUGCGACUCCAGCACCUGCAGCAACGGGGGCACGUGCUACGACCACGGAGACUCCUUCCUGUGCAGCUGCCCCUCGGGCUGGGGGGGCAGCACCUGCAACACAGCCAAGAACAGCACAUGUGACUCGGGUCCGUGCGAGAACAGGGGGACGUGUGUCGGAGGGGGCGACGCCUUCACCUGCAUCUGCAAGGACGGCUGGGAGGGAGCCACCUGUGCACAGAAUGUGGACGACUGCAACCCGCAUCCCUGCUACAACGGCGGAAUCUGCGUCGACGGCGUCAACUGGUUCCGAUGCGAGUGUGCACCGGGGUUCGCCGGACCGGACUGCCGCAUCAACAUCGACGAGUGUCAGUCGUCUCCGUGUGCCGACGGCUCGACCUGCGUGGACGAGAUCAACGGCUACCGCUGCGUCUGUCCUCCGGGGUACACCGGGCCUCGCUGUCAGAAGUUCAUCGGCCUCGGGAAAGCGUGUCGUCACGCCGGCUUGCAGUUUCCUCACGGCAGCCGGUGGGAGGAGGAGUGCAACGCCUGCCAGUGCGUCAACGGCUACGUCCGCUGCUCCAAGGUGCGCUGCGGUCGCCGGCCCUGCCUCCUCCCGGAGGCUCCGCCCUCCCCGGACGCCAGCCCGCCGCCCUGCCCCGGGGGUCACGAGUGCGUGGAGCAUCAGUUCCUCACCUGCUUCUCGCCGCCGUGCCACCAGUGGGGCGUGUGUUCGACGCCCGACCCGCCGACGCCCCUGCACACGCAGUGCGAGCCCAACAGCGGCUACCUCGACGACAGCUGCGCCCGCAUCACGCUCAUCUUCAAGAAGGACAAAGUGCCGCAGGGCACCACUGUAGAGAACAUCUGCUCCGAGCUGAGGUACCUCCCCGUGGCUCAGACGCUGGCCGAGGAGCGAGCGCUGCUCAUCCUCUGUGACCUGUCCUACUCCAACGGGGACGCCGUGGAGGUCGCCAUGUCCUUUGAGCAGGACGGGCGGGCGAAGGACGGCGACCGCGGUCAGGUCCAGAAGGCGGCCAGCGCCAUCAUCGGCGCCCUCUCCAAGCGCCACAACAGCACCGUCAUGCUCGCCGUGGUGGAGGUCAAAGUGGAGACGCAGGAGGAGCCGCCGCCUGUCGGGUACCUGGUCCCGGUGCUGUGCGUGGUCUUCAGCGUGCUGUGGAUCUUCUGCAUCGUGGUCUGCGUGUGGUGGACCCGCAAGAGGAAGAAAGAGCGCGAGAGAGCGUCCCGGGCCGAGGACACGGCGGUCAACAACCAGCUGCUGCUGAGGCCGAGCAACGCGCUCAAGGACAACCGCGACAAAGACAUUCGGUACGAGUGCAAGAAGCUGAUGGCGCCCGCCGACAGGACGUGCGACGGCGCCGAGGGCGAGGAGGAAGGGGAGCGGGAGGCGGAGCGGGAGGAAGACGAGGAGAGGGCGCCGGACGCCGGGGAGAAGUGUCCGCCGCAGAGGUGCUCCAUAGCGGGGCCGCGGGACAGGGGGGUGACGGGCAAAGGGGGCGGGGUCAUCUGCACGUCGCGCAGCGGCCCGGUGAAGGCGCCGCACCGGACGGCGUACAGCCCCAAGGACAACCGGUGCAAGAACCUGAACGGCGCCAAGCUGGGCGAGGACGUCAAAGACCACUACGUGUGACUCCUCGAGCCUUAAGGUCACAGACGCUUCACCUUUUCUAUUUUGUUUUGGUUGUCACACCUGAUUUAACUUAUAGCUUAUUUUACCAAAAACAACCCCCUCUCCCCCAAAAAAAGACAGAAAAACAAAAACAACCCCCCCCCAAAAAAAAAGACAUGGAAAAUAAACAUUACGGCUUCUGGAUGUUCUCGUCACGCUGCUGGAAUCAAGAAGAAGUUUAUUUUUUUCACCUGAUUUUUUAUUUUUAAUUCUUUCACUUCGCCUCAUCCAGCCCCCUCUUCUCUCUCUCUCUCUCUCUCUCUCUCUCUCUCUCUCUCCCCCCCCCCCCCCCUGGCAGCUGUCCACAUGGUUUCUACCGUCCGGUGCAUUCGACCCGGCUGCCUUAGCCUGAAAAAACCUUGCGGGCCUUUUUUCUAAACUGUCUUCAUAUCUUUUUAUAAAACACAAAACAAGCAAAAUAAUCCUUGAAAGUUGGCACAGAGAAUCCGCUGGAAACCUGGAAUGAGCUUUGUCAUUGUUUUUGUUUACAUUCAUAAACAUCUUUUCCAUGUUUGUG